GCGCUGUUAAUGAUAGCCAUUUUAAACACUACCGAGGCAGUGAGAGCAGUCUUGGCCCCACUUAUUUAGUUACUAUUUUGUCUGACGUUAAAGGUUGUCCUUUCCUGCUGCUGAACCCUUUUAAAGCUCACCUUUGACUGUUCAUUCUCCAAUAGCCUAGUUUUCGGAGUAACGGCCUUUAAACAAAUAUUUUUCCCGCGAUGCGACAGAGGAAGAGGUCAUUUGAGCAGCAGAGACUGACUGCAGGAUGAAUCCACUUAACUGGGAAGCUAUUCAAAGACUGCAGACAAAUCUGGACCCCAAAUCCCCAGACUGUUGUUAACAGCAGCAUGCACAAUGCCCCAGGAAGUGAUAAUGGCUGGGACACUUACUGCCAGCACUCAACAUACACUGUUGAUGAACCACAAAGCAGCAUCGGGGUGCAUUUGGGAUCAGAGGAGCUCUGUCAUCCCUCUCACAACUUUUACAUUAAGGAGCCAGAAGUGGAGGACCCAGACGGAGAACCGUUUGAAAUGGACGAGGAGGAUCCAGAGCUGAAAAGAAAGUGGAUAGAACUUAGAGAGAUAGAGGAGAAGAUACUCCGAAAGAAAGUUGCUAUUGCUCUGAAAAAGGUUGAACCGUUUGGGAAGGAGGCCACACCUCUGGGCUUUUCCUCUAAAGAACAGGCAGCUACAUGCGCCAGUGCAAGUCUUAAAGACAGGGUGAAUUCAAUUUUGCAGCAACGGCAUUCUGUCAGCUUUCUGUCAAUGGUCCGUUCUUCCACAGACAGAAUGAACUCUUCCAGCCGGAGCAAGGACGUCUUGCUGCAGGAAGACCAUCCCCUGAAGCUCAGAGUGAAUGCGCUGAGGAAGCAGAGAUGUAGUAAUCUCUGUGUUUUACCAACAAACAGGGAGGCUGCACUGGGGGCUGAAACCUUUCCCAGCAUGCACGGGUUGAGAGACACUGUACACCCUGGACAGCACAACAGCAGCCAAAGCUUUACUUCACCAGCCAAGGAGGAGAGUAACGCCAACCAGGGUUUCCAGCGCUUCCUCAGCGUGCUCAACAAAGGAGUGGACAUGGACUUGCUCAGUAGGAUCGUCAACGAUGACAGUGAGGAUCUCCCUUUAGGUAAGGAGCUCCUGGACGUUCAGCCCCCUGCCAUAGAGAACAAGCCAGAUCUGCCCUUCAGGAGCGAGAGCCAGCGAUCCAACAGCGGGGCCUCGCUGCUAGGCCGGAGUCGGACUAACAGUGGAGAGAGGAGGACCGACCCGCCCAAGAGAGAUCGUCAAGAGAGAUCCCUCAGUGAUCACUUAUCUGUUGAUGAUGAGAAGAAGAAUGACGGAGCAGGCCUCUGUUUUGGAUCUAGUAGUCAAUCCAAGUCUCCCCCGGCAGUGAAGGAGAAGAAGGAUGAAGAUGAAGAAGAAGAAGAAAAACCAAAGGUGGAUGAACAAAGUGUACAGCUCCAGAACAUUCUUAAAACUCUGGGGUUCAGCCUGGAAGCGGAAGAGAUGUGCAAAUUAGCAGACCGGACUCAGGAGAGGCUGUAUGGGAAGAAGCAUGAGGGCAAAAGGGCGGAUAGCAGAGGGGAGAAGGAGUGUCUGCGGAGAGGCUCCCAAAGACAGUACAGGAAAUCCCCUUCCUCCUACUCGAGGUCGACCUCUAGAAGCGCUAGUACCGGCCCCUCCCACAGCAGAGACUCGAAGGGAGCGCCUGAACACAGUAGCUCGAGAGACAGGAGCGGAGAUGGACUGACAUGCCAAGGAAGAGAAGAAGCAGAGAGGCACAGAGACGGAAUAAACUCAGAAGAAACUGCCACUUAUCAACAUCCACAAAACCAAUCGUGCAUUGCAAUACAACACGACAGUUUGUCCCAGUACUCCCGGAACAAUGCCCCGCACAGUGGCACCUACAGUGCUGCUACAAAUUCUCACUGGACAAAUACUCAGGGUGCCUUUCCUCCCUCCCUUUAUCCCAGCAGGCAUCCUUACCCACCGAAUGCCUACCAUCACUUUCCUGGCUCUGCAGUGGCAACUAACAUGGUUUACCCUCAUCCCAAUAAUCUUCAAGACAUGAACUUUUUAGUGAACCCAGAUCUGUCUUCAAGUGAAGGCCAGAUUGGCUCGUUUUCUGGGCCGCGCUGCCUGCAGGUCAUCGCCACGAAGCAGCCAACCACUCAGAGGUGCAGGCAGUGGAAUCAUAUACGUGGAAAAAACCUUGACUUAUUAGUGAAUCCAGAUCUGUCUAAAAGUGAAGGCCAAACUGGAUACACCUCUGGCCCUCGCUGCCUGCAGGUCAUCAGCACUCAGCAGCCAACCACUAAGAGCUGUUUAAAGGAACUCACAAAAAGCUUGAGGCAACGGUCAAAGUUCCAAAUUUGGAAGAAGAAUCGUCGUUUACGUUUGCGGCGACAACGAAAGGCAAGACUCAAGCGAGAGGCAGCUUUGGAGACGGCUUCACAGGUCAGUGAAGCAUCUCGCCUUGCCACAGCUUCUGCGGCGAAGCGAGAGGCUUCACAGGUCAGAGAAGCCGUCUCCAAAGCUGUCGCCGGAGCCGAGGAGCCAGUGGAGUCAGGCGAGGAGUCAGGCGAGGAGUCAGGCGAGGAAAAACAGCCGCCAACAGAGGAGGAAAUAAAGGCGAACCUGCGUAAAAAGCUUGAAGCAUUUAACCAGAACGCAAAGCAAAAACGGACCCACCCAGCCGACUCUGUAACCUCUCAGACUGAUUAAAAUCUGUGGAGGGCCAUGAGUGUCUUUAAUUUGAAGCUGCUGUGAGCCCAUGUGGACAUCGUGUUUAACAUUCAUUAUUUACAUAUAUGGUUCAUAGUGUAACAGGACCAUUUAGUAUUUUAGUCACAUUUCCAGAUUUGUACUGAAUCACUCCUCGAACUCUAACAAGUAAAUCUUUUACAAAAGAAUAUUGUCGUGCAAUGAAUUGCCAAUAUGUGUUAAAACCGUUUUUUUCUGUGAAUAUCACUAACUUUGUAACUGUUUCUAUUCUUCCUAUUUUCUCUUGAUACUCUAUAAAUUUGAUUAAGCAAAAUAUGUUUUGUAGGCUCUGUCUUAAUUUGUUGAUGAAAUAUAUAUAUAUAUAUAUAUAUAUAUAUUAGUCAUAAAGGGUUAAGGCUGUAAAAAUGGUCAGGUCCUGGUAUUUUGCAUUCACACGGUCCUUCCCAUACUGAAUAAUGAAACCUUUGAUAAAAUACAAAUGUGUAUGCUGUUGACACAAACAACAAGGUUUGAGGCAUAACUUGUUUUAUACGUCAGUCUGCUACUACUGCAUAUGUUGAGCUACAUUAGCUGCUACUAGGUGUCAUGUUUUGUCAAAGAAGUAGAAGAAGAAGAAAUGGGAAGGUUUUCUGUGUCCCCUGGCUUAAUAUCCUCCUAACUGACUGAAAAUGAUUUUUACCAUUUUUACUGCAUUUGUUUGUUCCUUUGUGCUUUUGCAAUCUGAAUUUACCAAUCUCUUACAAUGUUAGUGAAUAUAAGACCCUGGAAUGUUUUGGCUCUAUUAGGGCAGUAGCUCAGAUUCCCACACACUUUCAGUUUGAUUAUUUAGAUGCCUCAAUAGCUGCUUAUUAAAUUAAUUAAACUUAAACAAAAAUAAA